UCUCCUACUUUGCAUUGGUUAGGGUUUUCUACUUUCUCUGCAAGCCCUGUGGUUGUUUGUGCUCUGUAAUGCCUUGUUUGCGCUAUUUUUCUUUGCAAUGCCUUGUUUGAUUGUUGAGCGAGGGAAAUUGAACAUUGUGGUUUGAGUACUUGUUUCCUAUGAGGAAGAUUUACACACUUUAGGUCAUACUGUAUUUUUAUACUAGGUUUGGGAAUCUAGGAGAUAAAAAGAAAAGGAAUGAUUUUUUAAGAAAAGAAAAGAGAAGAAAAAAUUGGGUUUUCUCUCCAUCUUGUUUGUUUGGUUAAGUUGGAGAGAAAUUUCUAUCCAAUCUUAUUUGAAUAAAUUAAUAUAAAAGAAAAGAAAAGAAAAGAAAAGAAAUUUUUAUGGGUUAUAUUAACAAAAUAACUUUUUAUGUUUUUAUUUCUUUAGUUUUAGAUUGACAUAUUUGGUAUUAUGUAAAACUAGUAAUUAUUUGUUUCUUUUCUCUCCCAAUCUCUCUGAUUUUGGAGAGCAGUGGGUUACAAGAGAACAUUUUCUCUCUAUUUUCUUCCAUUUCUCCUUAUUUCUCUCCUUUUUGGCAAUCCAAACGAGUGAUCAGGAUCCUAGCUCUUCCUAGCAACACCCAGUGGCGGCUCCAGAUAUUUUUUUUUGGUUUAUGUGGCAUGCAAACUUGAUACAUCAUAAAGUAACUAAAGCACUGUUGUGUGGAUGUGAAAAUGAAUAAAAACACCCAAUAAUAAUUCAACCAAAAAAAUUCACAAUUGAACCCGCAAAAUUCCUAAACUAGUGUAAUAUGUUUUCAGAAUUUGAACAAACAAAUAAGUGAUGGAUUACACAUACGUAAACGGUCUAUUACUAUAAUGCACAUUUUUUUAAGUUAUUUAAAAAGUAGACUCUUUUUUAACUUAUUUUUCAAACUAUGUAAAUGUGUGGUUACUAAAUACGUUUUUUAAAAGUGUUUUGAAGUUAGAUAUAGAAUAGAAGUUUGUUAAAAAUCAAAGUGUAAAGAAAGUCUGAUUGCUAACAGCGUAUAACGUAUUUUAUUAAUACGUUGUUAGCAAUUAUAUUAAACAUUCUUUGAAGAAAACGUGUUUAUUAACCACGCUUUCACGUAGUUUGCAAAAAAAGUUGAAAUUGGUUCAUUUUUUUAUAUAAAUUUUAAAAUAAACAUAUUGUGAUGGCAAGAGCAUAUACAACCAAUAUUUCAAAUCUUUGGUUGCAACCUAAAGUGCAAUAUUUGACAUCUGUACAAGUUCCAACCAAAAUGUCCUUUGUCUAGGUUGCAUUUGGCAUUGCCAUCCCCGUGACAAAGUUGACGUGUGGGAGGGAGAGAUGUCAAUUAUUAUUAUUAUUGUUAUGGGGCAGCCACAUUAAGUGGGUUUUGUCCAAAAAAUAAAAGCACAAACUAAAAUAAAUGAAAUUUUAAAAUAGUAAAUUUGACACAUUGGUUGGAGACUUGCUUAUCUUCGUAAAUGUCAAUUUUGAAGAUGCCAGAUUGCCACCUAAGUCUUCGAAAGAAAAUUGACAUCUAUAAAUUUGAGAGUUUGGCUAGAGAUGCUCUAAGAUGCCUAUAUAAAACUAGCGGUUGCCAAAUAUAUCAUAUGUUAUAAAAUAAGUGAUGACAAUUAUACUUCACUUAUAUCUCUUACACUCCCUUUGUGAGAGAUUAAAUGACAAAAAGAGAAUGUAAAGUUUAAAAUAGUGUGAAUACUAUUGCUUUAUAAUUUUGUAUAAGAUAGUAUGUAAAUUGUAUUUAUCAAUAUAUAUAUAAUUUGUAUGAGAGAGAGGGGGAAACGACUAAGUUGGGUGCAGUAACAAUGAUUAAUGGGUGCAAAAGGCCCACAAUGGUUGACUAAUGUGGAGAAAUAAAGGUGAUGAUAAUGAAAAGGCCAGAACUUGUUUUGAUGGGUGUUUUAUAUUUGUCAUUUUGGGUGAACUUGUUUCUGGUAAAUACAUGAAAACAAUGAACUGAUGGAGGCUUCUCACUUCUGAAGCUCAUGUGCACAGACUCAAGUGGUUUGGUGCUUGAAUAACAGGCAUAUUGGUUUCCUCAUGUUAUUGACUGAUAUUGAAUAAAUAGGGUACUUGGAUCCAGGAGGUAAAUAGUAUUAUCACCAGUGUGGUCUGGAAGCAUGCUAUUUUUAGCUGAAUUAGGACCAUUGUUAAUAGUGUGUGCUUGUGUUGUCUUACAGUUAAUACAAGGCCAGUUGUUAUGGUUAAAAUUUCAAUACAUUGGGAACAAUGUUGUUUAUAUCAUGGAAUGGUUGAUAACUGGUAUACAGAGUGUGGUAUUUUUUGAGCACUGUUACAGAUUCAUCAAUCACAAAUUCGUUGUAUCUUAAUAAUCUAUAAUUUGGCAUUUUUGGGGAAAAUUUUGGGAAGAUUAUGAAGAAGACCUAGAUUAUGAUUUGAACUCUGAUGUGGCUCGAACCCACAACCACAAGGUUAAGAGCCUUGUGCUCUACCAACUGAGCUAGACGGGCUUUCUUCUAUUCUCUCCGAUUUUUUUAAACAAGAUCAAAAUCUUUGAAUCCAGCAGUGCUACAACUGAGCUCCUAUUUUGUACGGUUAAGCCAAUUUUGAAGAGAAAAUAGGUGUUCUCUUCCUCUCCAUUCAUUCCCGCUUUGUCUUUGCUCGGUUACCGAAAAAAUGCAACAUUUUUUUUUAUUGAAAAGUGAGUUUGAAUAUCACAGAAAUGAUUGGAUUUAUACAUGGCUAAAAUCUUAUUGAAAAAUGGUUUUAACGGUCUAAAAACAGUUUGGCCAAAAUGGGUGAAAGGUUAGGAGAUAAUGGCUGUAAAGUAAAGAAGAAUAAUAUGCUGGACUAAUUUAGGAAUAUUGGUUAUAGUUUUAUCUGUUUUACCAUGUAUGCUUGUGAUUAAUUGAAAAAUUAGAAAGAAGGAGAAAAUGACUUAAGAUUUCAAACAAAUCAGUUCUAGUCGGUGGUUUUUCUUUUAUUUCAUUUUCUUUUCUUUUCUUUUCUUUCCAAGAUUGAUGUCGUAAGCCCGUUCCUUUAAAAAAUAAAAAAUAAAAUGCUUGGGCAAAAAUCCAGAAUGAUGGGGAAUACUGGAGAAUGCGUUUGUAAGCUGUUAUGCCACAUAACACUGGAAAAUUGCAAUGGUGUGGUGAUGAAAAAGCAUUGAUAGAGUAGUAAUAGGGUUGGCUGUGAUGGUGAGCUGUGGUUUUGGAGGCAAUGGCUGUAUAAUAGAUGUUAGUGGAGUGGAUUUUGUAUGAUUAUUGUGGUUGGUUAUGAACAGUGCCUUUGAUGGUGGUAGGGGCUGAUGCCAUUUUUAGCAUGGUGUUUGUUGUGAGGUAAUAUGCUUUUGUGGCACUGCAGCAGUGGUGUUGCUGGUGAUUCCUUUGGUAGCAAAGUGUGAUGAUAUCAGGGGUGGUUGAAAAUUGAAUAGUCAUACUGAAUAACUGAUUUUGAUGGCAUAAGUAGGAAGCCAAUAUCACUCUUUUCUUGCUAGUCUUUGCGUCUAGUAAGUUUACUUUUCUCCUUUAAAAGAAGUACUUAUUAAAUUCAUUGACCACCGCUAAUUAGAUUUUUAUUUUAUUUUAUUUGCUGUUAUCUCCUCUACUUUUCUGGACUGUAAUAACAAAAAGUCUUACUGGAAUGCUAAACAAAAUUAUUUAAGGUGAUGCUCUGCCUUUGGAUGCAGUUCACUAAAGUCCCAUUUGGUUUGCCUACUCUGGUCUUCCUCUUAUAUUAUUUAGAGUUUUAUUUGAUAAUUUUGCUGCUUAGGAUCUUUUAGAACUUUGGGUGACAUGGGAUUUGUUUAUUGAAAAUAUUAUAUGAUAUGAAGCAAUUUAGGGUAAAAAGGGUGUCGUUUUAAAGCAUGGAUGGCUUAAAUAUAUAUGAUGGGGAUUGUGAUGGAAGAAUGCUUAUAUAUUUUAGGAACCAGAGUUUAGCCAAUUAUUUAGAACUUAAGAGUUGAUUUUUACCUUUAUUUUUGCAACUCAUUAAUUUUGGGAAUAAUUCUUUUACAUCUUUUUUUUUUUUGGGGGAUUUUCUUAGCCUUUGUAUGUUUAAGGCUUGGUUUUUUGGGAAUAAUUUUCCAUAACAGAUAUUUUGUGCAUGUGCCCCCCUCCUCCCUCUUCUCUUGCUGCUCUCUCUCUCUCUCUCUCUCUCAAUGCAUUUGUCUAGAAUCUUUUGUGCAGCUCUUCAACCAUUUGCAUAGUCAUGGCGGAAAAGGAUCAAGUUGUGGGAAUGUCUGCAACUUCUCUCAUGGAACAGCUUGGCAAGGCAUUCAUUGAACUGGAAGCUCACAAAGGUGCUGCCGAGGAUAAUGUUCAGUGGUUGGAAAUUGAAGAAUAUUUUUCCCAUCUUGAGUCAAUGAUGAAGAAAAAAAUUGAAGAAUUUGAAGUUAGGGAGAAGGAGUUUAAAGAAAAAGAAUCCAAGACUUGCACAAUGCUUGCUGACAGAGAGGGUGCUGUUGCUGCUAAAGAGCAAGAUUUGUUGGAUCGUAUACAGGAGCUAAAAGACGCUGCUGUUGCUGCCAUUGCAGAGGCAUGGGCCAAUCACAUGCCAGAACCUUUGGAGCCAGUUGAUGGUGGGGACGACAAAGAAACUAAGGUAAGUAGCUCUCUUGGUGAUACAAAUGCAAUCCUUGAUGCCCCGGAGGAGAAUUCCCCAAAUAGAACAGUUGAAAAUGCCGAAACUGUGGCUGGCGAGGUUAAGCCUCGUCCAGAGCUGACACAAUUUUGCGAGGAGAUGGAUGCAAAAGGGCUUCUGAAUUACACGAUGUUGAACCAAAAAAACAUGCCCGCCAUUUCUGCGGAACUUUCUGUCGCACUUGAAAGUGCAACCGAACCGGGUCAUUUAAUUCUGGCUUCACUGGAGGGGUUCUACCCUCCCGAUGACACUACCCAAGAAGGGGAUAAAAAGGACGCUGCCCAUCAGGGCAUGCGUCGAUCUUGUCUGAUGUUUAUGAAAGCCAUGGCCGCCUUAAUGGCAAGGGCUGACCCGGGUGCCGAUCACCUUUUGAACCCUGAAAUUAAGCAGCAAGCCAAGGCCAUUGCCGAUGAGUGGAAGCCUAAGUUGGCUGGUAUGGGCAUCAAUGCUGCCAAUGGAAAAUCAUUGGAAGCUGAGGCAUUCUUGCAGCUCCUUGCUACUUUUAGGAUUCUGUCAGAGUUUGACGAAGACGAACUCUGCAAACUUGUCCUUGCAGUUGCUCACCAGAGGCGGGCACCUGAGCUCUGCCGUUCUCUUGGAUUAACACACAAAAUACCAGUUGUUAUCGAAGCAUUGAUCAACUGUGGGAAACAAAUCGAUGCCGUGCAUUUUAUCCAUGCCUUUCAGCUUACUGAAAGCUUCCCUCCUGCGCCCCUCCUGAAGACAUAUCUGAAGGAUUUGAGGAGGAACUCACAAGGAAAGCCUGGUAGCUUCGGAAACGCUGCUGGUGCACUGAAUGCUCAAGAACUCGCAGCACUUAGGGCCGUUAUCGGUUGUGUUGAACAAUACAAUCUUGAGACCGACUACCCACUUGCUCCACUUCAGAAAAGGGUUGCCCAGCUAGAUAGGCCAUCACAUGAUAGGAAGAGGUCUGCGGAAUCUGCUAAACCCCUGCAACAUAAGAAGCCACGAGCAAAUGGAGGAUUUCACGGGUUCCGUGUACCUGGUGCUACUCCUCGCACUCCCGCUCCUGUUCCUGCUCCCGCUCCCACUCCUGCCCCUAGUGUUGGACAGGGUGUGUCAGUUUUUGGUGGGAGAACAAUGUAUGCGGGAAUAUCAGAGAGGUAUCCACAUGCUCUUCCAACCACCACCCUUGAUUACCAAACUCCUAGCCAGCCAACAUACGCUCAGCAAGCUUAUGAUCAAAGGUCAUACUACUAUCCCCCAGAUGACAGGGUCGCUGCAUCUACAUAUAAUAGCGCUCCAUCCAAUUAUGGCAGUUAUUUGGGUACUGGAAUGCAGUCUUCACACCAACCAUAUAUGUAGUUCACUAAUUUAAGUUUACUCGAGAAAGUUUUGGGGGACAUGCUGGACUGGUUCAUCGGAUAAUUUCUCCCGGUGCAAGCAUCUGUAGGUUUUUUUUCUUUUUCCCUUUCAAGUCCUCUCCUUUUUUGGGAUGCCUUGUGAACAGUAUCUGGCUAUAUGGAACUUAAUAUGAUAUUAUUGUAAGAUUAUAGUACCCUUUCUGAUGGUGAAUGUGUGAGAUUUUAGUUUGUUGGCUGAAGUUGAAAUCUAGGAAAUGCCAAAAAUAGUUUUGCUGUUUUAGGAGUUGGAAAUUGGGUGUCGCCAGUGUUUGGUUGCUAAGAAAAUCUUGCAUUGGUAGAGGCGGGAAAGUUAAUUUAUCUUGGUAUGCCUCUCUUUUAGUCCCUCUCGUUUGCUUUUUGAUGGGUUGAGGUUCAGAUUUCUCAGCAGCGAGCUAGCAAAUUUGGGUUCAAGAA